ACUCAAACUCUCUAAACGCCGUGUAUGGCGCUACACCUGAAACACCAUGGAUAUGACUAGCCAUAGUGUUGUUCUUCUGCAGCAGUUGAACACACAACGUGAGUUUGGAUUUUUGUGCGAUUGUACAGUGGCCAUUGGAGAUGUCUACUUCAAAGCUCACAGAGCUGUGCUUGCUGCUUUUUCAAACUAUUUCAAGAUGAUAUUCAUUCACCAGACAAGCAGUGACUGCAUAAAGAUUCAGCCUACAGAUAUCCAGCCAGACAUAUUCAGCUACUUGUUGCACAUCAUGUACACUGGGAAAGGGCCAAAGCAGAGCGUGAGUCACAGCCAACUGGAGGAGGGCAUUCGAUUUCUUCAUGCAGACUACCUUUCCCGUAUCACAGUUGAAAUGAAUCGGGUGUUUUCCCCAGAGGCCGAGAAGUCUUCAAACCUAUAUGGAAUUCAGAUCUCGACUGUGCACAAAACAGCCAAGAAAGGUCUUGCAGGGAAAGAAAUUGCAACAAACACUGGAAACAGGUCUGCUGCCCAGGGUGACCCCCCACAGUUACAACUCUCCCUUGCCAUUGGACUGGAUGAUGGCACCCUAGAACAAGAAAUUACCCAUCCUUCCGUUCAAGCACCUGAAGCUGUCAAACUGGUGGAGGAGUUUCCAAAAGUAUUGGUGUCUGUAAAGCAGGAGAAAUACGACCCUGAGCUGAUGGAGUCCCAGAGUCGUGUAUCCCCCCGUCCAGAUGUUGCAGGUCCUACGUUAUCUAAAACAAACCUCAAAAUGCAUUUAUGUCAGUACUGUGGGGAGUGUUUUGAUUCGCAUGACAAUCUGCGGGAACACUUGUGUAUUCCCAUGUCGGGGUCUCUUCCCUUCAGUGUCCCAGCUUCCAUCCUCGAAAGCAAUGACCUCGGUGAAGUGCAGCCUGUUACGGAGAACCGGGAGGCUCUUGAAAGCCAUAGGCUUGGUACCUUUCUAAUAAAAGAGAGUGAGCACCAGUUGAAACAUCCAAACCGUAGCCACGCAGAGCCAUUACAAAUUAGCCAGUUGUCACUAAUUUCCAAAGACAAUGAGCCUGUGGAGUUAAACUGUAACUUUUCUUUUACAAGAAAGAGAAAAAUCAGUUGCUCGUUGUGUGGCCACAAAUUUCUCCGAAAGAGCCAGUUGCUGGAACACACAUACACGCACAAAAAUAAGCAGUUCAAAUCUAACCAAUGCCAAAGGCUUGGUAACCCAGUGGGCCAUAGGUUUCACCCUUGUAACAACGACAACAACACAGUACCACCUUUCAGCCAAUCUCAAGGUGCCUUAGAUUCAUCCCUUUCGUUGGAGUCUGAUCUUGUCCAAGAAAAGAUUGAUCCAAUCUUAGUAGAAUAGCUUGUUUUCUGCCUCGCUCGAAGACUGAGAAGGCUCUGACAUUCUUCCAUGUCUCAGAGUUUUGUACCCUCUUUCCAAGUUGUGUCUUCAGCUACCAGCCCUAUCUGCACUGAAAUGAAACUUUUACUUGCCGGCAAGGAUCUUUGGGUAGAUGUGGUAUCUUUUAUUAGCCCAACUGAGUAGUUGGAAAAAAGUUCCUUGCAAGCUUUUGGACACUUACCCUUUUUACAUGUAAAGUUAAACUUAGUUCUUUUGUUAAUUUGAAUUUUAAGCUAUUCUUCAACAGCGGCCAGAUAAUUUAGAUAAUGUUUUGAUAAAGGCCAAUACAAUUGAGUUGUGCAUUACUCGAGUUAAGAUUGUGGAAGCUGUUGGGUAUGAGGCGUAAACAACUAACGUAUUGAGCAGAACUUCAGGGGGUGUAUAUCCUGCAGAUAAUCUUGCAGAGUGCGGAUGCUGUAAAGAAAUGAAAUGUUCCACUUUACCCAAAUUGUAGUCUCAGGCUGCCACCUGACUUGGAGCAAGUCAUUGCGCCUCUUUGAGGUGGGGGGUUGAUUCAUCAAGCACUUAAAGUGUGGUCAACUUCAGUGCCUGCUUAACUUCAGGAACAUACUCAAGUGCUUUGUUAUACCAUGCCUAUUUUCUUAUCCCAAGCCUACCCCUGCCUAAUCAGUCCAAAUCACAUAAAUGGAACCAAGAUCUACUGAAGUCCCCAACAAGUCAUGGGGGCAUGAACUCUGCUUGGAGCUGCUCAGUCCCAGAUGCUACAGGGGAAACACCCUCCAAGUGAAGUUUAUAUGUAGUAAAAAUCCAGGAUGCUUUUUCCUUAUGAAACGUGAUGUGAGCGUGAACAGCUUGGAAUAAUAUGCUCCUACGUAGUAUGGUGACUAUAUGCAGGUAAAGAGCAUGUCUUCUUAUCUUGGUCUGUGCUAUACUCUUAACGUGGUUUAGAGCUAUAUUUUUAACUUUCUAUCAAUCAAGGGUAGCUCAACAUCCCCCCUCAUCCCCUUCCCAAUAAAUGUGCUUGUUAGGGUCUCUGGGAUUAAUAUUUUGCUCCAUUUUAUAUGACAGUCUCUCAGAGCAUCCCUUACCAAACGGGAUGUAAGAAGUCCCUAAAAUGUACCAUUGGCCUAAACACUGAAGAAAGCAAUAUGGAGUAAUUCUGAUAUCAAGAAAGUUUUUAAAAAUGCACUGAAUCGACCCUGGUAACUGCUGCACUGUGCUGCCAAAUAAUACCAGUAGGCAGUUUUCCACAAAUGUACAUUUAAAUCAGCACUGAGGUCUUCUGGCCACUUGCUCUGGGAUUGUCUCGCUAGAAUACAAUUCAGCAGGAACAGGGAGAAACCUUUGAGCGAUUUUGAGAACUAUUUAUUGUCAGUGUAUAUGUGGACCAAGUCUCCUAAAGCCAAUAGUUUUUAACUGACUUCACCCAAGUUGGCUGAAGCCCAGAAAGAAAUGUGAAAUCAAAACAUUUUUAAUUACAAACGCAUCCUAAACCUCUUACUUUUUAAGGAAUCAAAACAUCUCUGUUCUGUUUUAUUUAAAUACCUACAGUGCGCAGAAGCCAAGAGCUAAAUGGACAGAAAAGGUUUUUUCUUGCAGGUAGUUUGGCCAUACCAUGGCUGAGACAUCCUGCUAUGGCAAUACAGGAAUGCUCAUAUUUCUGUUGCUCCUUGGUAGAGAACUACUCUCCAGGCCCUGACAGCACCUUUUGCAACACUAAAAAGCUGAGAAACUUCAAGUUUAAUUGAGCACCCAUCCCCAGUUCGGCUGUGUUAACUAGUAUAGCUCGAGAGACCUGGGCCCAGCAGAGAUGUUGGCGAACGCCUUAUCAAUAGCCGUUCUACUUCCAGUAAGUGUUAGCUGGUCAGAUUCAAUCCAAGGCACCCUGCUUGGUUUUUCCAGCUAACCUGUUCUAUAGUCCUAGCAUAGAAGUGGUAGCUAACGUGCUAACGGUAUAUUUUUUUCCCAUGUGAAGACAUAGCCUUCAAGUGCUGAGUUUUAACAUAGAGGCACUUGUAAAAUGGAAGUGCUUAUAGAGAGCGUU